AUGGGAACUGCUGGAUUGGCGCUUGCUACUUUCCUCUGCUUGUCCUCAUCCUUUCUCAGCAAAACCGUUGAGGCCACCGCGUUGACUUACACCGUUGCAGCUCAUGAGAAGGCUUGCUUCUAUACAUGGGUAGAUGUUCCCAAGAAAAAGGUUGCAUUUUACUUUGCGGUCCAAUCUGGCGGAGCUUUUGACAUUGAUGUCGAUGUCCGGGAUCCUAAGGACAAACAGAUCCUGAGCUUGGAGAAGGAUCGUCAGGGCGAUUAUGUCUUUACAGCGAAUGAAGUUGGAGAGUACUCGUUCUGUUUCUCGAACGACAUGUCGACGUUUGCAGAGAAAUCGAUCGACUUCGAGAUCUCGGUCGAGAAUGAGAAGCGACCAGCUCAAGCUGAUCAAAAGGAAAAGGGCGCAGGACCUCAAGCUCAAGCAGAUGCGAUGGAUGAAUCUUUAUUUAGACUUUCGAGUGAGCUGUUGAAGGUUGAUCGGAUGCAAAAGUAUUUUGGCACUCGUGAGAGUCGAAACUAUUCGACAGUGUUGUCGACAGAGAGCAGGAUCUAUUGGUUCUCGUUGUCAGAGUCGUUCUUGAUUGUGGCAAUGGCGAUGGUCCAGGUUUAUGUAGUCAGGACCUUCUUUAGCGGAUCGAGAAGAUCUCAUGUUUAA